AUGUGUUCAUUCCUUCAAAAAUUUGUCUGUUGCGCUUCUGACGAGAGCCUAGUCGCUGCUGAAAUCAACAAACAAAUUGAAAGGGAAAUAAAGAAGCAAAAGCGUGAUGCUAGAAAAGAGCUGAAGCUUCUUUUGCUCGGAACAGGAGAGUCAGGGAAAAGUACUUUCAUCAAGCAAAUGAAGAUCAUCCAUGGCAAUGGGUUUUCUGACGAUGACAAGAAACACGGACUCAAGUACAUUUACCAAAAUAUCUUCACAUCCGUACAGAACCUUAUCAAAGCAAUGCAUCAGCUUCAAAUUGAGUACGAGCGCGCUGAAAAUAUCGAGGCGGCGCGAUUGCUGUCAGAAAUAAGUGUUCGAGAUAUCAGCACCCACUCUGCAUUCUAUCCUUCUGUGAACAGAAUCGGCACCUUUUGGCGGGACAACGGAGUCCGAGCUUGCUACGAGAGACGCCGAGAAUUUCAAUUAUCAGACUCAACUCACUUCUUCCUUUCCCAACUCGAUAGAAUAUCGAGGAUAGAUUACUUUCCUACAGACGAAGACAUGCUUCGUGUUCGAGUUCCCACAACUGGAAUUCUAGAAACGCGAAACUCUGAACAAAACGCUCCUGAAGCGUACCUUUCUCUUGAGAACGAGACGCCUGUAGAACUGCCGAUCCCUCCAAAAAAGGAUACAAAAGAAAAUAUCCGUGCUGUUAAAACGCCUAAAAGAAAGCGCUUGAAUGAUGAGCCAAGCACCUCUUCAGCUCCCCCUGUUGAGGACCAGCCUUCCACGUCAGCCACUCUGCCCCCUGAAGAUAUGGAUUAUGAGGAAUCGAAUGAUGGUCUCGAUCAGAUAGAAGUAGUAUCGGUUGAGGCAUUGACUCCAGCGGAGGCCAUGGAAAUGUCAUUUGAUGAUCCCCCUUCCAGCUCUGAUGACGGAGUCCCACCUCCAUCGAGUACUGGAGACGGUCCCGGUGAUACCACUGUUCAAAAAAUUCCGAACGAUGCUAUGCAGACUAAUUCCGUUGAUCGUGCUCCAGAGGAAGUCCAAAAUAGCAGCCAGGACAGCACGCCUGAUGAAGUUGUAUCUGCCCUAGAUACGUUUUUCAGAAAUGUCUACAAGGACUUCAAAUCCAAUGACGAAGAGUGGCAGCGGCGAUGGACGCUUAUUCCUGAGUUUGCGCAGGAAUGUAUCGAAAAGAUAAAUACCUGCCAUCCAUCUGCUGUCGAUGAGGUUCUCAGAUGGUAUGCUCGAUCUCAAGGAUGGCGAGCUCGACUGAAAAAGUCGUUUGAUGAUGAUUUCAAGGUGCUCGUCAACAAGGGCAUUAUCAAGCAGUUUUGCGAGAAGGUAGACAUCAAAUUCGAAGAAGUGCUCGACAUUAUGAGUAAAGACGAGAUGACGAAGUUCGCUCAGCGUCAACUCGUUGGCAAAGCUGGUUCGAUGGAUGCGAUGAAAGCAAAACUUCUUGCUUCUUUCAAAGAAGGAAUGAGAGUGAACCCCGUUACGAAGAAACGAAGGGCCGACUUCUUGCUUUUGUCAGCAAAGCGAGCUGUAGAGGGCAGAUACCAACUUUCUCAGGCCCACUCUGAGAGCUUGAAUAUUUUUUUCCUACUUCACUCGCCUUCGUUGGUCCAACAUAGAAUCGAAGAUGCGACUUCAGUUGCGCAAGGAAUUAUCCAGUCGAUUUCUCGUUUUGGGAUGAAAGCGCCUUUGCCGGAUACGAUUAAAAUUACUUCUCCUAGGCACGAAGCUCACGUUGCUCUUCCUCAUUAUCACUUCCGUCUUACUACAACCGGUGUCUUCGCCAAGAUCUCAUACUUUCGAGUUGAGAUUCUUGAGAAACGUAAGAAAUUUCAGGAAGCCGCCGAUGCUAUCAAGCAAAUACUAUCGGGUAAUUGCUUCUUUCCCGAUAAAUUCAACCAUCGACGUGGAAAGCUAUGGAUAAGACUCAUCUUGAAUCUGCAGCAUGUGAACGCAAAGCCAGAUCAGAUAACCGAGGUCUUGGAGAUAGCGUUGAAGGAUACAUCCCUGAAUGAAGUGAAUAAAGCAGAACUCGAGGUUCGAAUGGAAAAGUUCCUUCAUAAGGGUGCACUUGGAGGGAUUCAACUAGAAGGUUGGAAGGUCGCGAAAGGAGAAGCUGUGCGCCUCUCUUCAAAAUCAGGAGUGAAGGAACACUCAAAAAAAUGGAUAACGACGAUUGACGGCAAUCAAUUUGUCGAAACCGUCGAACAUCUCGGUCUGAGGAUGAUAAAGCAUUCUCAUAACCUCGACUCAGGGGAGCACGCCGAGGGCAGCCUCUUCUCGACGAUCUUCUCUCUUUUAUUCCACGACAUAAUUUACGCCAAUGUUCCAGGCGUAUUUAUUUCUAAGUAUCAAGAGGGCCCUUUGGAUUUCUAUUCCCCUGACUUUUAUCAAAAUCGACAAGUGCAAAUUGAAAAACGACUCGAAGAUCUCGAGGAAAAAUUCGAAGGUGUAUUAAAGGAGGUCAUUGAGCUCUACGAAACCGUCCCUUCAUCAAGACCCAUUAUAGGAGUCGGACACCACCCAGACAGAUUCUCUGUCGCUCGGCUAGAAGCACUUUGCAAGUGUCUCGGUGGAGAGGCUUUGAGCAACAUAAUCCGGCGUCUUUUGAAAGAUUCGUCCUAUCGAUCUGGAAUGCCUGACCUUAUUGCAUGGUCUUCAACAGGUGAAGAAGGGCGAUAUCUUUUCUGCGAAGUCAAAGCGCCAAACGACACUCUUUCCUACGGACAGAAACUGUGGCUCAAGUAUCUCAUGUCCACAGGUGUCCACUGCCAACUUCUUCAAAUCGCCGAAGCUUAG